UCAUCAAAUUAAUCUCCCAAACACUCUAAGUUGACAGUUACUUACUAUAUAUAGCGUUUCGCGGAACCAUAUUAAUUUUCUCUCCCCAACUAUUAAUUACGCGGCAUUCCGAUUUCUCAGCUUCCUUUUCCCAUCGAUACUAUUUUUUAACCUUUUUUUUUCACGUUUGAUUGUGGAUGUUAAUCGGUGGUGGUGAAGAAAAUGGAUUCGGCGAGGAGUUGGUUAUCAAAGUUUCAACCGCGAGAUAGACUGAGAGCUCCGACGAGGAAGAAGGACGAUGUUAUGGGCGGAGCGGAGGAUUCCGAUGUGUCUGUUGAUGAUGAGAGUCUUUCGAAUGUUACUAAGCAGAAGGUAGCGGCUGCGAAACAGUAUAUUGAGAACCAUUACAAGGAACAGAUGAAGAGUCUUCAAGAGAGGAAGGAGCGGCGGACUGUCUUGGAAAAGAAGUUGGCUGAUGCAGAUGUCUCCGAGGAAGAUCAAAAUAACCUACUUAAAUUUCUAGAGAAGAAGGAAACUGAAUAUAUGCGUCUUCAGAGGCAUAAAAUGGGUGUUGAGGAUUUUGAGAUGUUGACUAUGAUUGGAAAAGGCGCAUUUGGGGAGGUCAGAGUCUGCAGGGAAAAGACUACGGAUCAUGUAUUUGCAAUGAAAAAGCUAAAGAAAUCAGAAAUGCUUCGAAGAGGCCAGGUUGAACAUGUUAGAGCGGAGAGGAAUCUCCUUGCAGAGGUUGACAGCAAUUGCAUAGUCAAACUUUAUUGUUCUUUCCAGGAUGAUGAUUAUCUAUAUCUUAUUAUGGAGUAUCUACCGGGAGGGGAUAUGAUGACUCUACUUAUGAGAAAGGAUACAUUGACCGAAGACGAAGCCCGAUUUUAUGUAGGAGAAACAGUUCUGGCUAUUGAAUCUAUACAUAAACACAAUUAUAUACAUAGGGAUAUUAAGCCUGAUAACUUAUUACUUGAUAAAUACGGACACUUGAAACUAUCAGAUUUUGGAUUAUGUAAACCGUUAGACUGUAGUACACUUGAAGAAUCAGAUUUUUCUAUUGGUCAGAAUGCAAAUGGAACUGGACAGAGUGAUGAUCGUGCAGGUCCGAAGCGUACGCAACAAGAGCAAUUGGAAAACUGGCAGAAAAACAGGAGGACCCUUGCUUAUUCUACUGUUGGUACACCAGAUUAUAUUGCCCCAGAAGUUCUAUUGAAGAAAGGUUAUGGGAUGGAAUGUGAUUGGUGGUCACUUGGAGCUAUUAUGUAUGAAAUGCUGGUGGGAUAUCCACCUUUUUAUUCUGAUGAUCCAAUGUCAACAUGCAGGAAGAUAGUAAACUGGAGGUCUCACUUGAAAUUUCCUGAAGAAGCAAGGCUAUCUCCGGAGGCCAUAGAUCUUAUAAGUCAGCUUUUGUGUAAUGUCAGCCACAGACUGGGGUCAAAUGGUGCAGUUGAAAUAAAGUCUCAUCCAUUCUUUGAAGGUGUUCAAUGGGAAAAGUUGUAUCAAAUGGAAGCUGCAUUUACUCCUGAAGUAAAUGAUGAGUUAGAUACUCAAAAUUUUGAAAAGUUUGAAGAGGCUGACUGCCAGACUCAUUCCUCAUCAAGAGCUGGUCCAUGGAGAAAGAUGCUUUCAUCCAAGGACUUCAAUUUUGUGGGAUACACAUACAAGAACUUUGAAAUUGUAAACGACUAUCAAGUUCCUGGGAUGGCUGAACUGAAGAAAACCUCCAAACCUAGGAGGCCAUCUGUCAAGUCGCUGUUUGACGGGGACUCGGAGACUUCUGAGGUGUCUGAUAUUACAGAUGUGUCUGCAAGCAAUCAACCUACUCAAUGAAGUUUAUUAAUCCCUUGACACCCAAAUUAGAAGUAUCUCAAACCUUGAAGGAACCUUCCUCAUAACAAGGCAGACUUUGAUGAUCUACCUGCUCAGAAAGUAUAGUUGCCAUAACUCAAGCCUGUGGCAUUUUGACCAUUUUAAAAUAUAAUUCUUGAUGCUAUUCACGUUUGAAUUGUUCUUGGCAACAUCAAUGUUUUACAUGAGUGCUGGUUUGAGGAAAAGCUGGAAGGAAGUGUUGUCUCUAGAAUCAACUUAGCCUCAAUUUAGCUUAGACGAAUCUUGCCAGUUUUGUUGGUCACACCCACAGCUAUAGAAUUGUAAAUCUCUUAUUAUCUGCCAGUUGUGAAAUAUAUGUGACACUGUGUAUAUUCAUUUAUAAAUAAAAUUAAUUUUAAAAAACGUGUAUAGUUGGCACGAAUUCUUUUA